AUGUCGACACAGGACGAUGAAGUUUUACUUCAGGUUGAAGGGAAGGUUGCCAAAAUCAUCCUCAACAAGCCAAAGAAGCUCAAUGCUCUAGGCGGGGCAAACUACCAAAGAAUCGGCAACUUGCUUCGUGAGGUUGCAGAGAUAAAGGAUGUCACCAUUACUUUCAUCAUGGGAACCGGGAGGUUCUUUUCUGCUGGUGCCGACGUCAACGCAGGCAGGUCUAUCAAUGCAACUGACGUUUCACCAAGAUUCUCCUACGGCAGUACCUUCGGUGCGCAAAACCUCGAACUCACACGUGCUUUCCUUGAGCACCCUAAAGUUCUAGUGGCUGCACUAAAUGGUCCUGCAGUAGGUCUGAGCGCCGCAAUGAUUGGACUCUGUGAUCUAGUUUACUGUGUUCCAAAUACCUUCUUGCUCACCCCGUUCUCUUCGCUCGGACUCGUCGCGGAAGGCGGUGCCUCAUUCACAUUUACCCGCCGUAUGGGCUAUGGACUUGCCACUGAAGCUCUGCUAGCUUCGAAAAAAAUUACUGCUGAUAGGCUAUUUGCUGCUGGGUUUGUCAACAAAAUUUUCGAGGAGAAGGAUGCCGACAAGUUCAACGAAGCUGUUCUCAAGCAUGUUACAGAAGAGCUCGGAGACCACCUCAACCAAGAAAGCAUCUUGCUCAUCAAGAAAUUGGUGAAGGAUGCUUAUAUGAAGGGCUUCGAAGAAGCAAAUGUCUUAGAAAUUGCUGGUGGAGUCGAGCGCUUUAUGAAGGGCGUCCCACAACAGGAAUUUGCGAAGAUUGCAUCUGGUGCGAAGAGGCAUAAACUUUGA